AUGCGGAACGGAGUGGAGUUCAUCGUGCUGCUCUUCUAUGACGUUGCGAUCACUUUCCAACUGGAGGUCCAGCGUAUCUGGCGGCGGAGGCACUCGGGUGCUACGUGGAUCUUCCUGUUCAUGCGCUAUAGUGCCGUCAUCGAGCGCGUCUUCUUUAUCCUCGAGGUCAUGGUGUGGUAUUCAACAGACGCAGCCUGCGGCGGGAUCAAUCAUACAGAUGAUACGCUCACCAUCUUGAACUACCUCUCCAUCGCCGCUUUCACAGCCCUCCGGAUAUAUGCCAUAUGGCUCCGCGAUUGGAGGCCAUUGGUCGUAGUGAUACCUCUGUCUCUCGUGAGACCUGUGGAAUAUCUCUAUAUCAGCACCAUGAACACGGCUUUACAAGGCGGACCUCUUAUUGGCUGUAUCAACAUGCGAUCCCCAGUUGUCAGUAAUUUGGUGCUCGCAAAAGCAGCGACAAUCGCGUGCGAUGUGAUCCUCAUCGUUUUCACUUGGAUCAAGACCUUCUCUCUAUUGCGAGAUUCGAAACGAACGAACAUGCGCGACACGAUUGCCAAGCCCUUACUGCGCGACGGCACGGCAUACUUUCUCAUCAUUCUCGCCGUUCAGGUCAUCACAAUAGCCGCAGAAUAUGCUGCAACCAGCACAUCCAUCUGGGUCGUCUGGCCGUACUUCGAGCAAGCGCUGACGGUCAUCUUCUUCUCGCGCUUCAUGCUCGACCUCCGUGGCGUCUACUACGCCCCUCAGGGCGAAGGCGCGAACACCUUCCCCGCGCUAGGCGGCAAUUGCAAUUCGAGCACCUUCUCCGACCUCCACUUCGCCACCCGACCCAGCGCGGACAACGAGACGCACGGCGCGCGCAGCUUCAGUGCGCGGGUCGUGGGCAACAUGGGCGCGACGCUCUCAACGACGCUUUGGGAUGGCUCGUCCGCGCGCUCGGAGCCGCACCUGCGGACACCGAUGAGCGCCGGCCCGCGCGAUGACCUCGAGGCGGCGGCGAAGGCAGGGCUGUGGGAGAUCGAGGAGGUUGAGCGGGAGGAGUGGCGCGUGCGCGAGGAGGACGGGGACGAGCGGGUGACGUAUGCGGUGCACCCGUUCCAGGUCGGCCUAGGAGCGGACUCCGUGCCCCACGGUGCGGAGGGCCGCACCAGAGCUCUUGGCUUCGAGCUGGCGGAGGUGCGCGUGGGGAGGGCGCGAUUCGAGGAGCCUAUCAGCCCGCAGAGUCCGGAAAGCUCGAACAUGGGAUCUAGUGCAGUCUGA